UCCUUCAACAUGUCCACCCAGAGCGUCCCGUUUCAUGGCAGCAGCACCCUGGUGACCGCGGUCAUCUCCCUCACCGUCUUCCUGAUGGGUCUGACCGGUAACACUUUGGCCAUUUACGUGGUGCUGCGCUACACCAAGAUGAAAACUGUCACCAACAUCUACAUCCUGAACCUGGCUGUGGCCGAUGAGCUGUACAUCAUGGGGCUGCCCUUCCUCACCACGCAGAAUGUCCUCUCCUACUGGCCAUUUGGCUCUUUCCUCUGCCGCGUUGUCAUGACCGCCGACUCCAUGAACCAGUUCACCUCCAUCUUCUGCCUCACAGUCAUGUCAAUGGAUCGAUACCUGGCUGUGGUCCAUCCGAUCCGCAGCACCAAGUGGAGACACCCGCGAGUGGCCAAGGUGGUGAGCGCAGCAGUGUGGGCUGUGUCUUUCAUUGUGGUCCUGCCGGUGGUCAUCUUCUCUGAUGUGCAGGACACAUUUAACUCUUGCAACAUGAACUGGCCUGAUCCAAAGGGUGUGUGGUCGACGGCCUUCAUCAUUUACACGGCCACAGUGGGCUUCUUUGGACCACUGCUCAUCAUCUGCCUCUGUUACCUCCUCAUUGUUAUUAAGGUGAAGUCCUCUGGGGCUCGAGUGGGCUUCACUAAACGCAGGCGUUCAGAGCGGAAGGUGACUCGGAUGGUCGUGGUGAUCGUGGUGGUGUUUGUGCUCUGCUGGCUGCCCUUCUUCAUUGUCAACAUGGUCAACCUGGUUGUCAUCAUCCCAGAGUCUAGCGCUACCGCUGGGAUCUACUUUUUUGCUGUGAUUCUGUCUUAUGCCAACUCCUGUGCUAACCCACUGCUGUACGGCUUCCUGUCCGACAACUUUAAGCAGUGCUUUAAAAAGUUUUAG